CAUCCGGACAACCGUCGUGCAGAUACGAGGUGAAGCGUCCAAUUGUGAAGCUAUCAAGUGUUACCUGCAAAACAAAGCAUCAGUUGGCGAAUAUUGCGCUUGGUAGCGAGCAAUUGACCGGGGUCAAUACCAUGGUACUGCACAGCUUACUGGAUCUGCUUUUAAAGAAGUUGAAUUGUGAAGACGAAAGAGUUUCGAUAAGCGGCUAUGAAGCCAAGCAAAUAGAAGAAAUUUUGCAGACGACUUCCAUUUCACCAAUUAUUUUCCAAGAGGAGAACUUUGAUGUAGUUUUAGAGAAAUUCGAAAAUAUAGACGAAAUGGAGAAGCAACUCAACGAAACCGAAGCGAAAUUAAGUGAGCAUUUAAUUGGUAUUCGGCGCUUUUUGAAAAGGUUUGAGACACUAGAACCAUUUCGCUUCGACGAUGAUGACUACUAUGAGCUAUGCGAAGACCUAUGUAGUACACUCGAUCCGGAUGUGAAAAUCGCUUGUGAAACACUGGCCAGAUCGAUGUUUUUGAAGUCCAUAUUGAUGCGCAUGUGUCAUCCAAUCUUGAAAGCUUAUCAUGCAAUUGAAAAGAAAUUAUGUGUGCUUGAAGUGGAGGUGUGUGCAUUAAUGAAACGCUUGGAUAAAAUUUUUGACAGUUUUCAACUUGUCACUGUGGUACAGUCGGAGUACGAGUGGUGCCGUGUCGAAUUGGAUAGGGUGCAUGGCACCUUUUUAAAAGCUUUGAAUGAAAUACAAGACAUACUCGAUGCAAAGGUAAACAAAUGUCAAAUGCUACAGCUGAAAGAGUAUGUAACCGAACGUCUAAACGAUAUUUGGGUGAAAUUAAACAAAUUGCGCAUUGAAGGUCGUUGCCAGCGGGCUUCCGCUGUUGUAAUCGAUAAACAGACGCCGGUUUCUACGGAGGCCGCAAGAAAAACGGUUAAGACGCCUUGCGUUUGUGAUGGUGUUCAUCUGCAAUUGGCUAAAGAACAGAAGUUACUUGAGCGCAUGCGACGUAUAGACAAUAAAUGUGUGGAGAUACUUCUAGAAACCCAAUGGCGAAAGUCGAAUGUAGGACCACCAAUAAAACUUUCACAAAGUCAAUAAAAGCG